AUGACUAACUCAUCAUCUUCCAGCUCGGACUCCAGUGGUGGAGGAGCACCUCUUCGUUCGAUCCCAGCCUCCCCCAAGCAGGGUCGCCGCGAGCAAUCGAAGAGCGACUCUCCCACUGACGAUGAGAUGGCCCUCGUCCGCGCCAGCUCGGCCUUCCAUCAGAUUGGCCAGUGCAGUGGCGGUCAAGGUAACAACGGCCAGGGCAACAACGGCUACGGAAAUCAAGGUAACUACAAUCAGCCUCCUAAACGCGACAAUGAUCCCUUCAUGUCGCAGACGCCCUCUCGCCCUGCUCGACCCGUCACGGCAUUCCAGAAUCGAUCGCCUUAUGUCAGUACGCCUGCCACCUACCGACUGCAGCAGGCGAUGCAGUCUGGUGGUGGCCGGGACAACUCGCAACAACCGGUUUUUCAGGAAUCUGCCGCGAUCCAGCAAAUACUCAUCCUUGCUAUGCAGUACUUGCGCAUCACGCCGGGCGUCCCGUCUCACGUCGCCGACAACAUCCAGUCGUCCCACGUUGACGCUGGCCAGCGACUGAACGGGUUAGUCACCCGAGUGGAUAGGGAUUACCGCGGGAUGCAGUACGAGGUGGGUGAGGCUCGUCUUCAGGUCGAUCGCGUCCAGAAGGAGCUUGAUGCGCGCAAGAAGCAAGUCGGUGAAUCGCAGGCCGAGUUGCAGAAGCUUGCUCGUUACAGAGAGUCCCAGGAUAAGAAGAUCAAGGAACUCGAGAAGGAUCUUCGCUCCGCUCAGGAGGAGCUCAAGCGUGUUCGUGAGCAGAAUAAGCGCUUCAAGGGCCAAGAUGAGUCCCACUUGAAGCAGGUUCAGGGCUUGGAGAAUGAGAUCAAGAGUCUCCGGAUGUCUUCGGAUAGCAAGUCAAUGGCGCUUGUCAAAGUCCCCGACUCUCCCCUCGCUGGCCACAACUCUGCCGACAAGAACGCCGACACCGCCACGUUGAUGCCCAUGCUCCUCAAGUAUAGUCAGGAGAGCGGCGCAACCCAGAAUUCUCGCUACAGCGAGAACUUCAACUCGGAUGAGCUGCUGCGGUCCAACCUGAACCGCCCUUACGCUGCCCAGGAUGCACGCUCCUACGGCAACUCCUUCUCUGGUCCUUCCCGCAACGAGCGACCCGGCACCCGAAUGGGUUAUCGUAAUCACGGCAGUUUCAGCUCUAAUCAGUCUGCCGGUCCCUCGGGCUUCGCCCCCGCUGGCAUGCCUCGCUACAGCGGCAACAACUCGACUCUCAACCCCCACCACCAAGACCUCAGCCGAAUGCCCACCAUCAUGACCGAGUCCGGCGGCGGCCCGCUGAACAAGCACAAAGGCCUCCCAGCCGUUGACGACUACAGCGACACCUACAUCCCGCGCAACAAGGAGAACUGGAACGACCAGGAUAUCACGGCGGCCUUCACCCGCCUCUACGGCCUCGUUGAAGGCUACGUCGCCAACGAGCACUGCAACGCUCCCUUCAAAGAGCCCGAUGUGACUCUGGCCAAGGUCGAGCCCUUGACUUGGGAGUAUAUCCUGGCUAUUGGUCUGACUAAUCGCGUAAUGAGUGCCAAUCAUAUGACGCACUUGCUGGGCCAGGAGGCCGUUCGUCACUAUGUCAUCAAGCGCAUGAUCGUCGAGUACAUCUUUAAGAAGAUGAUUCAGCCUCAAGUGUUCCUUGGUUUCAGCCCUGAGGUGGACAGCCAUCUGCGUGCCCUGCAAGAGAGGAUGCGCUCUCGUUUCCCUGGUGCCGGCCCUGGCCGUCCCCAAGGCAAGCAACGCCAACGCAUAAUCGAGGACCACGCCAAGGUAGUCCAACACAUCAUCACUACCCCCGAGGGCAAAGACUACCGCACGGGCAUCGUAGAGCGCCACUCGGAAACGCUUCUCAACAUCCUGCGCCCCCUCCGCAACUCCUCCUCCGACGAACACGAGGCCCUCAAGUCCAUCCGCAUCGUCGUCAACGCCGCCUGGGCCAUCACCUCCAAGAUCUGGUGCACGGGCGUCACGGUGCACUUCUUCUUCCCCGAGACGGGGAGCAAGUUCAGCUUUGGCCAGAUGAGACCCAUGAAUCAUCUGCAUAUGAGCCCCGAGCAGAUGCAGUACUCGCAGUAUCGCGUUAUGCUGGUUGUCGUGCCGACGCUGAGUUUGCGCGAUGAUAGGGAUUUGGAUUCGUUGAGGACCGCCGAGUUGAUGAAGGCGGAUGUUUUGGUCAUGAAAUAGGUGGCUUUGAGCCUCGUAUUGACCAGACCAACUCUUUUUGGUUUUGGUCUUUCUUGGCGGCGAG